AUGGACAAUAUUUCAUUUCCUGCAUAUGUUGAUAUGUCAUUUAUUAUUACAUGUUGUUUAAUAUGUAUUUCAUUAUAUUAUUUAAAGAAACCCAAAUUAUAUUUUAGAGGAUGUAUAUUAGCAAUAAUAGGAGUGUUAUUAUCAUUUGUUGUAGUAUCAAUUUGGCAAAUAGUAACAAUUUCAGAUAUUAAAUUAAUUGCUAUCUUUAUUUCACCGAUAAUUUUAGGAAUUGUUAUUGGAGUAGGGAUAUUAUCUAAAUUUAAAGUAUUUCAAUUUCCAUUAUUUAUUUGUAUAUUAUCAUUGUUUGGUUCAGUGUCAUCAUUUGUAUUAAUUACAGGGGAUUUUUUAACUCCAAUUUAUUUUAAUACAUCUCAAAGACCAAAAAAUCAGUUAUUUUAUUUAUUAAUGGUAGAAGUUUGUUUAGGAAUGUGGUCAAGUGUAUCAGGAAUAAUAGGUUAUUUAGUAGUCAUUUUUAAACUUCUUAAAUUACUUCCUCAUUAUAAAUUAAGAAUACCUUUAAGAAGUUUCUUUGUUGUUUUUACCCUUAUUUUAUCUAUUAUUUUAUCUUCAUUUAUUAUUUUAGUUAAUGAUAAUACUGCUAAACUUGCAUUAUAUUGGACAACUGCAUUGUUAAUAGCAUUAUGUUCAUUUAUUACAAUGAUGGUUGAUCAAUCAGAUCUUUCUAUAAUGAUGGGUAUUUUACAAUCAUUGAGUGGAUGGACUGUAGUUGCAGUAGGAUUAAUAAGAAAUAACAAUACAGUAGUAUUUUGUGGAAGUAUUGUAGGAAUGUAUUUUAUAGUUACUUUACUUGACUCAUGUCAGGCAAAGAAAAUAUCAUUACUUUCAAUGAUUUUUGCGAAUAAACUUACUUCAAAUGAUGUUGAUUUUUUAAAACGUAAAAUAGAUAUUCCACAAAUUGAUUUAAAAGAAGUAAGUGAAAUGUGUUUGGAUGCACAAAAUAUAGUUAUAAUACCAAGCCAUUCAUUAAUUCAAUCACAUUCUCAAAUCUUAUUAAAUGAUUUAGUUGAAUUAUUAAAACAAAAAAAUAAAAAUGUAAAAAUUGCUAUUCAUCCAACAAUUGAAUUAAUGAGAGGAUUUAUAGAAAUUCUUAUGGUUAUUGGUCAUAUUGAUUCGACUACUUUUUGUUCAUUUGAAAUAAAUAAUAGUUUUUUAGAUGUUGAUCUUGUCUUAAUUUGUGGUGAUUGUAGAAUGACUCCUUAUUCAAAAGCUAAUUGGAAAAAAUUUGAAACAACAAAGGCACUACAUUCUAUUGUUUUAUCUGAAAUUCAGUUAGUAGAGCAAAACGAGCAAAAUGUUUAUUGGUGUCACUCACCAUUAUAUACAGGUUUUGAAACAUUAAUUAACAAUUUACGACAUAAUAAUUAUUAA